UUUUGCUGCUAGCGUUCGUACCUAAAGGUCAAGAGCUUGACAUUCAGUUAUUGGCCGAUAUUGGCUCUUUACGGUCCAUUUGUUUUUGUUCGGAUGAUGAAACUUUUGGCGUUGGUUUUAUUGCUCAUUUGUGGCUAUAAAACCUGGGCUAAGACGCAACAGGGACGGAUCGUAGGUGGAGUGGACUUGCCCAUUCAUCUGUCACCGUGGCUGGCUUCUAUAAGUGUGCAUGGAAACUAUACAUGCAGUUCGGCACUGAUUACUUCACAGUGGUUGGUGACAGCAGGACAUUGUGUUUACUAUCCGGAUCAGUACUCCGUUCGAGCAGGAUCUGCAUCCGCUGAUGAGGGUGGCCAAAGAAGGGAUGUUGUCAAAGUUAUCAUUCACCCUGAUUUUAAGCUGCAGACCCUGGAGAACGACAUUGCACUGUUGAAGAUCGGUAAACCCUUUGCUUUAGGAGGAAGUGUUCAGCUGGUAAAGCUCCCUCUGCCAGGACUCAACAUCCUUCCCCGGACUCUCUUGGUCGCCGGUUGGGGUAAUCCAGAGCCCACUGACGCUGACUUUGAGCCCAAGCUACGUGGCACAAUGGUGGAAGUUAUAGAUCACAGACGUUGCCAACGGCUUUAUGCCCACCUGAACCGGCCUAUUACGGAUGACAUGGUAUGUGCGGCAGCUGAUGGACGGGACCAUUGUUACGGCGAUUCAGGAGCUCCUUUGGUUCACAGAGGCAGUAGCUAUGGUAUCGUAUCCUUUGCUUAUGGAUGUGCAGAUCCACAUUUUCCAGGAGUCUACACUAGGUUGGCCAACUAUGUCACCUGGGUCUUUAAUGUAAUUGAAACUGAUAGGAAAAAUUAAUCUACAAAUAAAAAGUAAAAUAGAAAAAUAAAAAAAAUAUUCAAUUAUUAUACAAGUGUUCCCCAUUCGGAAGUGAGUUCUUCCUGGAUGCUCAUCGCUCCUGGAAUACUCGAUGCAUUAUACAAUCCGGCAGCGUUUUCCCAGCCAUCUGAGAAGCCGCUCUUUGUUCGUGCCCAACCAAGGCGAUAAACUUGUACCGCCGGUCGUCGGCAAAUUUGUGUAAAUUAUGUAUUUGUGCAUUUUGAUUUCAUUUAAACGAAGUUUCCUGAUGGCCCCUGGCGCAUGUCAAAUAUCAAAACCGAAACCAGCCUGCCAGCUAG